AUGGAUGUACAAAUAUUGUGUAAUGCCAUUUUAUUUAUGCUUACCUUGCUUGUGAUAAACGAAGUCUUGACCAAUUAUUGGAUGAAUAACAGAUAUCUCAAAAAUUACUUAAACAACACAAUCAUUACCGCCUUGAUAGGCAUAGCAGCUGGCUUGUUUCUAUUGUUUAUUGAUAAAUCUUCACUUUUAUAAGAGUACAGACAAGGAUUCAGUCAAUUCUUCUUGAUUGUGUUAUUGCCACCCAUAUUAUUUGAAAGUUCGAUUAAUAUGGAAAAAGCAUUGUUUUUUCAAAAUUUUGGUAGUAUUGUGAUGUACGCAGUCAUCGGAACCUUGAUAGCAACAUUUGUAACAGCAUUUAGCUUAUAACUGGUCGGAUUGCUGGUCUCGGUAUUAUUAUAAUAUAAUUACGCAAAAUUUAGAAAUUAUCAUUGACUAGUAGUUAUGCUUUUGGAUCUUUGAUAUCUUCCACAGAUCCAGUUGCUGUUUUGGCAAUAUUUAAAUAGUUAGAUGCAGAUAAACAUGUUCACAUACUUCUUUAUGGAGAAAGUAUUCUAAAUGAUGCUAUUUCCCUUCUGCUAUAUGAGUAUAUGAUUAGAUGACUAAUUUAUUUUAGAAUAUCUCAAAGGAUGUGGAAUCAAGAAGUUGUGGGUUAUGGAGAAGCACUUAAAUUAUUUUUAACUAUGUUUUUUGUAUCAAUUGCAAUUGGUGUAAUAAUUGGUGUUCUAUGUGCAUAUGUAUGUGUUGGCAAUUUGAAAAUCUUAGAUCUUGAAAGUGAAAGAGGAAGUGUCCUAUGAGACAGAACAUAUUGAAGUAUCAGUCACUGUAAUAAUUCCAUGGGUUUGUUAUUUGAUAUCCCAAGCUGUUGGUUAUUCAGGAAUAGUGAGCAUAGUAUUUUGUGGCAUUGUUAUGGCUAAGUAUGCGUUGCCUAAUUUGUCGGACAGUGGAAAAGAAGUAAAUAGCAAAAUAAUUUCUAUUUUUAGUUAUUAAAUAAAUUCUAUCAUAUAUUGUCAUACAAUUUUGAAAAUUUAGUUUUUCUUUUCAUAGGGAUCGGUGUAGUGGGAUACGAUUUGGCUUGGAAUCAGAUGGGAAUAGUGUUGGCUAUCUCUUCUAUUUUGAUUGUCAUAGUGGCCAGAUUUCUCAACAUAACACUUGUCAGUUUCGUGCUCAAUCGAUAUCGUCAUGACAAUUUCAUUAAGCCAAAUCAUCAGAGAGCAAUGUGGUUUUGUGGUUUAAGGGGUGCAAUGGCUUAUGCUUUGGCUUUAGAUGCCGCUGAUAAUUUUAAAGAGGAAGGAGAAAUUAUAUUGACAAUGACUGUAAUUAUUAUUGCUCUAAAUGUAAACUGUGAUUUAAUAUCUAAUUAUGAAUUUAGAUCUUUGUUUAGGGAUCAGCCUUGCAGUAUGUAUUGGAGAAGUGCGAUAUUCAAGAGAAACCCAAGGAGAACUCAUCCGAAAUUAAUGUAAAGGAUUUCCAAUCCGAGAGCGGCAUGAGAGUGGUGUAUCAAAAGGGAUGGGCACAUAGGAUGAAGGAUUGCUUGGAGAAGUGUGAUGAGAAGGUUUUCCAGGAGUUUUUGGUGAAGAAGUAAGUGAUUGUUGUUGAUUGGGUAGGCGAGAGCUCACUCCAGUAAGACAGGCAGAGUCACAUUGA